AAGUGGCUGGAGCUUCCGGAACAGAUAGUUCAGUGACAAGUGUUGACUUGAAAAUUUUCUGCAACUAUGAUGGCCAGGUUAGUUCAGUCUCUGCCCGCUGUGCGGUUCUUUUCCUUCUCAUGGAGGCAUAACGUGUCGCUUCGGACUGUUCGGAGGUCUGCUCCCAUCCUCAGCAAGGUUCACUCCACCUAUCAGGGCAGCCAGUGUCUCUCUACAACAAGUUACCCUGAGGACGGAAACCUGGUUUACACGGGCAACCUGGGGACUACUAUCAGGAGGGUGAAGAUGUUUUCUUAUAGCACCAGCGGCGCCAGCCUCAUCCUCAUGCCUGACAUCCUUUUGAAGUCUGGAUUGUGUAACGGUGUCCUGGACUUUAUUUCCUUUGGCAUCAUUGGCUUCUUCACCUUCUUCAUUCCCAUGAGCCUUCAUUUCGUCUCAAAGAGCUACGUCAUUCGUCUGUACCACAAUCCAGAUAGAGAUAUCUACACUGCCAUCACUUACAGUGUCUUCUUGACUGAGAAACGUUGGGUGUUCCAUCAGAGUCAAGUCCGGAUCCCAGCCGUCAGCAAAGUUUUCGCCAACUUCUAUGCUGGCGACAUGGGGCUUUUUGUGAAUCCAGACUUUUUCCCCAUUUCUCAUGACUAUAACCAUCUCAUGGGCUACGAUAAGCCUUUUAGCUUCACCAAAGAGGACCUGGACAAACCGGACAAAACCUGAAAGACUGAAGACGGGCUUAAUGUCAGAUUAAUGAAUUAACAAUAGAAAUAGGCAAAAUAUUUUUUUCUUAUUUGUAGAGGUAUACAUCAUUCAUGUAUUGUUUUUCACAAGCAUCCCUACCUCUUGGUGAUUUUUGUAUGCUUAAUGGUUUAAUGCCCGGUUUUAAUAAAAACUAUAAAGUAUCAGGACA